UAUGAACAAGACCGUAGUGCACUUAAAAAAAGGGAAUGGGAGCGGAGGAAUCAAGAAGUCCAGCAAGAAGACGAUCUCUUUUCUUCAGGCUUUGAUCUUUUUGGGGAGCCCUACAAGACAAACAAAGGGGAUGCACUUGCCAACCGAGUCCAGAACACGCUGGGAAACUAUGAUGAAAUGAAGGAUUUGCUAACUAACCAUUCUAAUCAGAAUCAUCUAGUGGGGAUCCCAAAGAAUUCCGUGCCCCAGACUCCCAUCAACAAAAAUGAACCAAGCUUUUUCCCAGAACAAAAGAACCGAAUGCUCCCACCUCACCAGGAUAGCACUCACCCCUCGGCACCAAUGCCUCCACCUUCCGUCGUGAUACUGAAUUCCACUCUCAUACACAGCAACAGGAAAUCAAAAGCUGACUGGCCACGCGAUAGUCAUAACGCUAGUGUUGUCCCAGCCAGCCAGGCCAGUGGUCAGCCAAACAAGCUGCCGCCGUCUACACAGGACCAGCCCCCAGCCCGACUGGAAGACUUCUUUGUCUACCCAGCUGAACAGCCCCAGGUCGGAGCCGUUGAAGGGUCAGACGCUUCUGCAAAAGAAGACAGUAGUCUCAAGUCCAGUGCAGGGGAUACGUUCAAGGAAAUCUUUCAGUCCGUCUCACCAGAAGAAUCUGAAUUUACAGUGCAAGCUCCUGGGUCUCCUCUAGUUGCCUCCUCUUUGUUAGCUCCCAGCAGUGGCCUUUCGGUUCAGAACUUUCCACCAGGGCUUUACUGCAAAACAAACAUGGGGCAGCAAAAGCCAACUGCGUAUGUCAGACCCAUGGAUGGCCAGGACCAGGCACCGGACGUCCCUCCGACCCUGAAACCUUCCAUUGAAUUUGAGAACAGCUUUGGGAAUCUGUCAUUUGGAUCACUCUUGGAUGGAAAACCCAGUGCAGCCAGUUCAAAGCCUAAACUGCCAAAGUUCACGAUUCUCCAAACAAGUGAAGUAAGCCUUCCCAGUGAUCCAAGCUGUGUUGAAGAAAUCUUGCGGGAGAUGACCCAUUCCUGGCCUGCUCCUCUCACUGCCAUGCAUACUUCCGGAAACUCUGAGAAGAACACACUUUCCAUCCCGGGACAGGAAUCCCAACACCUGACCCCAGGAUUCACCUUACAAAAGUGGAGUGACCCGACCAGCAGAGCUUCUACGAAGAUGCUUGAGGACGACCUGAAGCUGAGCAGUGAUGAAGAUGACCUUGAGCCUGUGAAGACCUUGGCCACUCACUGCACCGCCACUGAGCUCUACCAGGCUGUUGAAAAGGCAAAACCUAAGAAUAAUCCUGUGAACCCACUCCUGGCCACACCGCAGCCCCCAGCUGUGGUGCCAGCCAGCGGGGGAUCUGGCAGCUCCAGUGACUCUGAGAGCAGCUCCGAGUCAGACUCAGACACUGAAAGCAGCACCACUGACAGCGAAUCCAAUGAGGCGCCUCGCGCGGCCACUCCAGAGCCUGAGCCACCCUCAACCAACAAGUGGCAGUUGGAUAAAUGGCUUAACAAAGUGACAUCCCAGAACAAGUCGUUUAUUUGUGGCCAAAAUGAAACACCCAUGGAGACGGUUUCUGUGCCUCCUCCAGUCAUCCAGCCAAUGGAAGUCCAGGUCAAAGUGAAGACAACCCCCAGCCAGGUCCUGGCUGAACCCAAAGAGAGGCCUCUCCUCAGUCUUAUCAGGGAGAAAGCCCGUCCACGGCCGACCCAGAAAACUCCAGAAACAAAGGCUUUGAAGCAUAAGUUGUCAACAACUAUUGAGACAGCGUCUCAAAGGACAAUUGGAAAAAAACAGCCCAAAAAAGUCGAGAAGAACACCAGCAUUGACGAGUUUACCUGGCCCAAACCAAAUAUUACCAGCAGCACCCCCAAAGAAAAAGAAAGCGUGGAGCUUCCUGACCCACCAAGAGGCCGCAACAAGGCCACUGCCCACAAACCAGUCCCUAGGAAGGAACCGAGGCCAAACGUUCCCUUGCCUGCCGAGAAAAAGAAGUACAGAGGGCCUGGCAAGAUCGUGCCAAAGUCCCGGGAAUUCAUCGAAACGGAUUCGUCCACGUCCGAUUCCAACACAGAUCAGGAAGAGACCCUGCAGAUCAAAGUGCUGCCUCCCUGCAUUGCUCCGGGGGGCAAUACUGCCAAAUCCAAGGAAGCCUGUGGUGCCAGCCUGACCCUCAGCUCCUUGGUCAGCAGCAGCAACAACAGCCUAACCACCAGUGGUGAGGAGCCAGCAUUUUCACCCAUCCCUGUCAUGCAAACUGAGCUGCUGUCCCCUCUACGAGACCAUGAGAACCUGAAAAAUCUCUGGGUGAAGAUUGACCUUGACCUGCUGUCUAGAGUGCCUGGCCACCACUCAGUGCAAGCAGCGCCAGCCAAGCCGGACCACAAGGAGACUGCGUCCAAGCCCAAGCGCCAGACCACUGCUGCAGCCACCGAAAAACCCGUCCCUAAGGGCAAGCGUAAGCACAAGCCAACAGAGAUCACAGAGAAAAUCCCUGAGAAGAAGCAACGCCUGGAGGAGGCCACCACUAUUUGCCUGCUGCCCCCCUGCAUCUCACCUGCCCCACCCCACAAGCCUCCCCAGGCUAGAGAAAACAGUUCAUCCCGGAGAGCAAACAGAAGGAAAGAAGAAAAGCUGUUUCCUCCUCCACUUUCCCCACUGCCGGAGGACCCUCCACGCCGCAGAAACAUCAGUGGCAGCAGUGGUCCCUUUGGUCAAGACAAAAACAUCCCUAUGAUCGGACAGAUCACCUCUACCAAACCGAAGAGGAGUGAAGGCAAAUUCUGUGCUACUUUCAAAGGGAUAUCCGUAAAUGAUGGAGACACUCCAAAAAAGACACCCUCUGCCACCAUCACGGUUACCAACACAGCUGUUGCCACUGCCACUGUUACUGCUACUGCCAUUGUCACUGCCACUGUCACGGCCACCGCGACCGCCACUGCCACAGCCACUACCACAGCCACUACGACAACCAUCUCCACCAUCACCUCUACCAUCACUACCGGCCUCAUGGACAGCAGUCACCUGGAGAUGGCGUCCUGGGCAGCCCUGCCCCUUCUGUCCAGCAGCACCACCAGUGUCCGGAGACCCAAGCUCACUUUUGACGACUCGGUUCACAAUGCUGAUUAUUACAUGCAAGAGGCUAAGAAGCUGAAGCACAAAGCUGAUGCACUGUUCGAGAAAUUUGGCAAAGCCGUGAAUUAUGCCGACGCAGCCCUGUCCUUCACCGAAUGUGGCAAUGCAAUGGAACGCGACCCUCUGGAAGCCAAGUCUCCGUAUACCAUGUACUCCGAGACUGUGGAGCUCCUCAGGUACGCGAUGAGACUGAAGAACUUUGCGAGCCCCUUGGCUUCAGACGGGGACAAAAAGCUGGCGGUAUUAUGCUACAGAUGUUUAUCACUUCUCUAUUUGCGGAUGUUCAAGCUGAAGAAGGACCAUGCUAUGAAGUACUCCAGAUCACUGAUGGAAUAUUUUAAGCAAAAUGCUUCAAAAGUCGCUCAGAUACCAUCUCCCUGGGUAGGCAAUGGAAAGAACACUCCAUCCCCGGUGUCUCUCAACAAUGUCUCUCCCAUCAAUGCAAUGGGCAGCUGUAACAACGGCCCGGUCACCAUCCCCCAGCGCAUUCACCACAUGGCCGCCAGCCAUGUCAACAUCACCAGCAACGUGUUACGGGGCUACGAACACUGGGACAUGGCCGACAAACUGACAAGAGAGAACAAAGAAUUCUUCGGCGAUCUGGACACACUGAUGGGGCCCCUGACCCAGCACAGCAGCAUGACCAAUCUCGUCCGCUACGUUCGCCAGGGACUGUGUUGGCUGCGCAUUGAUGCCCAUUUGUUGUAGUGGGCGCGCCCCCAUCUCCAGCAUCACCACCCAUCACUCUACCUCUACCAGAGCACCGACGGUCACUGGUGGAACUCCACUCAUUUGGGAAAGUUCUCUUUGCUUAUGUUUGUUUUUACGCUUCUUUUGAUAUCUGUGAAAAACAGAAGUCAUUGUAAGUGGACACUACAACUUGAGAGCAGUAUAUGUUUUAUUACUUAGUCAUUUUUCAGUAUUUUAUAUGCAUUUCUCAGAUCCCACCAUCCUUUUGUGCUUGAUACAAUGACACAGUCCCUACAGUAUUGUUUUAAGUCCACACUACCCAAAACAAAGAAUGGGAAGUACUUGUGAUGAUAACAGGUUCCUGAGAAAUGAAACGAUAUGUCAUAUAUAUAUAUGUGUAUAUAUAUAUAUAUAUAUAUACACAUAUAUAUAUGAACUUAGACACAAAGGACCUACUAAGAUUCAAAUUUUCCGCAAUAGCCAUUCCCCAAACGAUACUCUUAUGUCCAGAAAAGAACGUAUUUCAGAAUCCAUUGUUAAACUUUUGUGGUUCCCACGACUCAGUCUCCAGGUGAGAAUUUUCAUUGUCAAAACCCACUGGUUGGAUGUUGUAGCCACAUCAUAAAAUCAAGAGUAUUAAGAAAACAAAUAAGCAUAGCAAUGCCACUCUUAAAACAAUACUAUGGCAGACAACCAGAGGACUUCCUUGCUGACAUCCCUUCCCUGAUGCCCCGUUUUUAAAAUUUUAAUGAGAUGAAGUGGCAACAUGGAUUUCGACAACUUUAAGACAUCGGCUGGCAUUAAAUAUCUUUGAACUCCCUGAUCUGAAGCAUAAAUCCUCACCUGGGAUUCUCUUUUGUGUAAAGCUCUCCUUUUGAGGGGCAGUUAAGUGGGUGCACGCCCUAGGUGCCAAAAUACUGCACUCCGGUUUUAGAGAUGAGAGAUGAGGAGAGGUCUGGAAAUGUCCAAGGAACUCAUACCUCUGCAUUUUUGCAGUUGGUAGGCAGGUCCAUUACUGGCAGGAUAUUUUUAUUGUAUUCUGCUCAAAUCUCUGGAAACAAAAGUCAAGUUAUCACUACCUAGGAGUUAGAAUAUACAGUUUGCUUCCAAUUAUAAUCCACAUUUUCUAGUUCACAGUGUUUCUCCUUCUUCUUCUUCUUCUUCUUCUUCUUCUUCUUCUUCUUCUUCUUCUUCUUCUUCUUCUUCUUCCUCUUUCUUCUUCCUCUUUGAUCUUUCUUUACCUUUUUUGGAGCUCAUUAGCUUUUGACUGAAAUACUGAAAUCACUGAUGUUAUUAAAGUCUAUAUUAGCAUGAAUCAUUUCCAUGAACAUUCCAGAGAAAACUCCAAACUCUCUAAGUAGCGGCUAGCCCUUUAACAAAAAAUGAGUCUUGGGGUAACGCUUCACCCUAGGGUGCUUCGAAAGAGCCCUGAAGACUGGUAACAGCUCACUUAAUUUGGAGACAUUUCCACAUCACUUGUAAUUAUCCCCACCCCUUCUGAUCCUCCACAUUCAUUUUAUGUCCCCAAACAUCACCAUGUAAAUAUCAUCUUUGGUGUUCUAUCUCACCAGAAGAAUCCCCCACCUGUAGUCAACACUAGUCAUCCAUUAGUUCUUUAUAAUUACCUGCUGGUAUAUAAUUCCAUGUCACCUUGAAUCUGUUGAGUUUAUUGAAUUCUGUUCACUGAGCGAUGACCAGAUAAAUAGUAGACAUAUGCACAUGAAAGGUGCAAACUUGUGUGAUUCUUAAAGCCUGUCAUGCAAGUCUGUGAUAGGAACGGCAAGGGCUCACCCUGCACUCUUAAGGUUGUCAAGGUUAAGAUACAUUCCCAAUUGCAAAAGAGCCAGACUCAAGCUCCGCUCUGGUCAUCUUUGAGUUCAAGACCCUUUGUUUUAUAAUAAGGUUGUGGAAGUUGUACUCCAAUGGCUGAGGCCAUGUUGUCAGGUGACUGCUGGGAGCAUCCCAGCAGCUGAACCCACCACUUUCUAUGCUCCCAGUGUGGUUGAGCUUUACAUUUCGCGGUCUCCGCAACAACACACACACACACACAUACAGACGUGCACACAAAUGAAACCUGAGAGAAUCUUCUCUGAGCCUCUUAAAUGGGGAAAAUGAUAAUAUGAAAGAUUCCAAACAUCCAAGGUGGGUGUCACAUAUAAAAAUUAAGCUGAUGGCUUUGCAGUGACUCAAGUUCUCUGUUCGUUUUUCCAUGGCUGACCAGGUAGAGCGCCUGACUAUUACUAUAUAAUGAAGCCCACUGGCUUGACAUGUAAGUUCAACCUAAACCACGAUCCUAGACCAUCACAGAUUUAGGGGUAGAUUCUUCUUGAAAUUCAGUCUCCAGAAACUAGACACGCGAACGCUAGGGGCAGUUUCCAAAAGAAACCAGCAUCUUGCCUCGUGGAUGAAAGACCUAUAGCUCUAGUUUCAGCGAGUCCUUUGAUCUACUUUACAUACAACAGGGAGGCAGCAGAGAAUCCCGCUGCCUGAUGUCACCUCCGGUGGCUGACUAUACAGUGUGUGCCGAAUCAGCAACACGAUGAUCAAAUCUGACAGUUGAGCCCAGGAUCACCACCCGAUUAUUUAGCAGACCCAUUUAUAAAGCAGCUUAGAAACCAAUUAAACAUGGAGGAGGAAUGGCCCUCCUAUCCCUGGAGAUGAGACGGUCUUUGGUUUCACGAUUAAGGAUUGUUGCUGUUUUCCAGGCACUGUGUCCAUCACAUUGUGAAUGGUGAUGUGUGUCGUAGGUGUGUGGCUUAUGUGAGGGAUUGAGAUAUUUUGUCAAGUAAAUCUCUUCAUUGUACCAAUUUGUGGGAGGGAUGUAGGACAUGUGGAUGGCAGUGAGAGAGCCUGCCUGGAGACCUUGACAGAGGCUUGGUGAGACCCAUCUCAAUGAGCACACGGAGGCAGGGGAGUGGGCAGAGUAACGGGAAGCUCCACCUGAGCAAGUACACGGAAGGAUCUCGGCCCUGCAACGUGACCCAGGUAGGGCCACCACUAUGCCUUCCUUUGUCACCCAAGCUCCAACCACAGAGAGUUUGACAAGUUCGUGUUAGGAUGUUGGCUUGGCUUUGUAUUUUUAAUUAACUUUGGAUUUUUUAGUGGUUUUGUCAUAUUACUGUCUGAGUUCGGUAGGUAGGAUUAAUUUGGAAAAGAGUAUACUAGUGUGGUCCUCGGGGUAGAAUUUAGCCGUAAGCAUGUUGUUAGCCAGCCUGUAGACUGUUAAUUACUUAUUAAUCUCAUUGGGAAAAUACUCGUAGUUUUUAUAUUUGGAUGACAUAAUUGGAAAAGCAGAUUAGCUGCUGCUAACUGUUAAAAGACUUGAGGUUGACAUAAAAAGUUCCAAAUCUUCAGUCCAUAACCAAGUUGCUAAAUUGGAAACCAUUGGCUAAAAUGUGUUUUGUUGAGUUUCCAAAUGUCCGGAUUUGCAUUUGGACAUUGCACUGCUAAAUGCAUCGGAAAGAUACUUGCUCUGUCGUAUCUUUCCCAAAGCUGUCUGAUUCGGAGUUAGUUUUAUUCAGAUCUGCAUCCUGGAGGUUGAAGUUGGAGUAUGAAGUUGGAAAGCAUUUUUGAAGGCAGAAUCAGUUGAGCUGUGAGGGCUCCCCCCUCACGUACUUCUCACCAGACAUGAUAACAUUCACCUGCGUGAGUUGGCAGGUGCGAGAACCAAACUGGAUCGCUGGGUAGGACUACUCAGUAAGGCAAUGAACUCCUUGCUUAGAGAACCAUCACUAUCCCCAUUGAGAAACCGUGUGGCGAGACAGUGUAGCUACACAAUAUCAAAUGAAUGGGUUGAUUCAGUGCCCCCAGAUUGAAUUCUGCGGGGGAAAACUAUUGAGCCAGUUGUCACUGCUCGGUUAUGCAACUGGCGGACUAAACUCCUCUUUGUCGUCAUGGGUGUCUUUGUUGUUGUUGUUGUUGUUGUUUGUCAUUUCCACCCGCACAGCCUUAUUCUCAUAAUUAAACCCUGAUUCAUUUUCUCUUUGGUGUUAGCAAACUCCAACAGCAGAGAUGGCGUCUGUGUAUUGAUAAUUGGCAUUUACCCUGGCAGGAGGCUAAUCAGAUAGGCUGGUCUCAGACGUUAAUCCUACCAUCUGAUAUUUUCAGGGAAAGAAAAAGUAAUUCCCUUUCCAUUCUCCUCCUCGCAAAUCUAGAAGCCCUCUUUACCAAGAGCAUCACAUUUUCCUCCGUAAUCCAUCGACUCAAAGAAAAUUGCAUUGUGGGGAGGGCGGAGGGGGGUGGGGUGGGGGGGGUGGAGGGUAGAGAAGUCCUUCCAGGCCAGGCUGCAGUUCUUGCCCCUUUCUGCUUCUGACAUGAGAUGUUAAUGAAUCAUUCAUCAGGCUCACAUUGGGUUAGGGGAUACCGAACUGCUUUUCCGAUCCAUGAUCAAUCAUCGUUCUUCUAAGAGAUUGGAGCUUUGCUGUUUCAUUAACUGUGCAGUGUAGACUAAUGGUGUUUAAUAAAAAUCAUUCAAAAUUUCAAACUCUUUUGCCAGUGACCUCGAUUUUGUUGGCUCUUUGCUUUGUACUAGACUUUGAGGAGGGAAGGGGGAAGCAAAGGAAGCCUGCUACCAGGCGCCUGGCAGGAUGCUGCGGUGGCAAACCCAGUGGCCCCCAGCACUUGCUGGUGAGCGGCGGCAGCGUGCAGACCAGCUGGGGGAAACCUCCCGAGGAAUGCCACAGUGGAUGCUUUCAGCCGGGGAUAGCUUGUUCCUACUGAGGGACUCAUUGUUCUCCAGCCUCGGCAGCAGGAAGCCAGCUGCCAUAUCCGGAGUUUAAUAAGAACUGUAAACGCUUUACCUAUUUGGUUUUGGCCCCCACCACUCAUGUGGCUACCAAAUAGGAGAAGUAUCUCUGAGAGGAGAGCCCAGGGGGUGACAGCGGUAGCCAAAUGCAUCCCAGAUGCUCCAGCCUUCUUUGAACUCGGUGGCGGAGGAGCUCCGGGCAGGAAGCAGAAUUGGAGAAACCCCCAAACAGGCUGAGUUGGUGCCGCGUUGGCCAGAUGGAGAGCUAGCUUCUCCUUCGGUCAGCCUGGCAUGCAACCAGUGGGGUACUGGUAAAAUGUUUAACAGCCAGCCCUCUGAGAACAGAAAGCACCUGACUUACUUGUAGGGUUUGCCAAAUUCUGUAGUGUAAAUAUCCCCACCGUGGCUGAUCUUGAGCCACUAACUACGAUGUCGCAGAUCGCAGAGUUGGGAAGAGAUGCACGAAAAGUUGGGAGUCCGGGCAAGACAGCUCCAACACGCUACUGAAUGCAGCCAUCCAAAGAGGGUUCCGAUUUCACAUUUAUGUUCAUGUGGACGCACGCGUGCAAACACACAGCCAUGCACACAUGCAUACACUCGUGUGACAAGCUGUUUCAACCCUUUCAAAUGUGAAUUGAUCCUCUGUGAAUGUAGGUAGUUUGUGAUACGGACCGGGAGGUAUGGAUUUUAAGCAGGAAAGAGCUAAGAAGAAUGGCCUCUUGAGACCAAAGCAUAGACAAAUGGGGGGGGGGGGGUCAUCACAUCUCAAAGGAAAAAUAGCAGUGAGAUCAGCCCUUGGAAAAACCGAUAUGGUUGGUUGAAAAUAGGAUCAGUGAGUGUUCCUUUUAUCAUUAUCAUUUUGUAAACGUCCAACUGGAAUUUCUAACUUGUAAAAACUUGGAUAAAUUAUUUACUCUUCAUCCUUCUGAUGACAACCUCUGUGUAGUUAGGAAACAUUAGGGCCUCUAUGGAGAAUAGCACAAUCCCAAAUGCAUUGUGUUGUUUUCUCAUAAUAUGGAAACUCAGUAUUUCUCCCACCUCCCUCUUGUUCAGAAGAUUUUUACUUUAGUUAUUAGAGAUCGAAGUUACGUGUUUAACAUGUGUUUUUAGUUAAAAGUAUCUACUUACUGUCCUAGCUCUGAAUCAAACCAGGAUGUCUCCCGUAUCAAUUACAUGACUAAUACUCAGACAUGAUAUCCAAACCAAAAUAAUUCCCUUUUCUACUCAAUAUAAAGAAAACCAGGGUCACUAACAAGAAGGCAUAAACCUCUUUUAAGAGAGUGAGGUUUCCAUUAAACACACAAACACACACGUGCGUGCGUGCACAACUUUUUUUUUCCCUGGGCCUCC